AUGAAUGACUCUCCAGGUGGCCUCCUGCAGCUCAUAGCCUUCAACAAUCUUUCUGACGAGGGCCGCGCAAUCUUCCUCCCGGCCACAGGUCGUAACUUCAGUGAUGUUGAGAGGUUUGCUGUUCUCCAGACCAGGACUUCUUUGCAUAGCUCCUUACUUUUACCGUCGGUCCACAGCACGGAAGGGCCCUGGGCCAAUCCAGAGCCUGAGACGCUGUUGCUCUUUUGGAGGCUUCCUGCUGGGCAUUGUGACGAACUGGUUCCUCCCUCAGAGGCUACAGGUGAAGUCGCAGAGCGCUCUGCGACUCUGAGAUUGUCCAGGCUGGCCAUCCUCAUGGUCUUCAAGCCUUGCUUCCCAACACCCAUCCGGACAGAGAAGAGAGAGAAGAGAGGCGAGGGGUUUGGGAAUGUGAGAUUGGAUCGCUUGGAGCUCGCAGGAUCUGAGAACUUCCUCUCCUUCAACAAGAUCAUCGGCAGCUUGGCCGCAUGGGGAAAGUCAAACCCGGGCCACGCUUUCGAUCCCGAGGCUAUCUGCAGCUCAGCCACCUGGUUCGCGCAGUGGACCAUCGGCAAAGAGGGGUACAGGGACUUGGAAGAGGACCUCAAGGCCCGGACCUUCACGGGAUUAGUAGCCAUGGUCGACGGCCUCUACCGCGCGCAUCGUCUUCACAAGGUGUCCGCCCAGUACAUCUCGAAGGUGACGGACAUCGAAGCUCGAAACAGGGAGUGUCUCCAGCGCAUGCCGGCCGACGAGUUCGAAAAUCUGCUCCACCCCGUCUUUCAGGAGGAUGAGUGGAUCUUGAUCCUCCUUGGGGGAAUCCUUGGGGCAAUCGUGGGGAUCAUGCAGGUCUACUGCCUCUCCGGCUGA